CACUUCCGGGCUGAGAGCUACGGCGGCGCGAGACAGCAACCGCAACAUACAACGACAUAGAAGAAUAAAUAAUCAUCGCUAUAUAUUUGCCUUGCCGCAUCUACCUCUUCUAUAACCUAUUUUUUCGCCAUUUUAAAUGGGAUGUUGCGAGUCUGACUGAAGCAGCUGCGUCAGCAUAAGGGAGGGCUCAUCUUUAAACCCAGGGGGCUUUGCACACUGUCAGAGCAGGAAGCUGGAGUGGGAAAAGGAAAUGGAACAGGAAAUUGCCCUCUCAGCCAGCAGGUUUGACAAAAGGCAGUAGAGACGUCAAGAAGUACCAUCAACACUAUAAAGCACCAGAAGAAGCCAGCAAGAGCUUCAGGAAAAGAGGAAUACUAUCACGUGUUUGGAGGAAAGUAAAGAACAACACAAAGAUGAAGUUGAAGGAGGACAUGUCUCCUCUCCUGCUGCAGGUCUUUCGAUCGGUCGCCUGGGUUUAUUCCGUCAUCACAUUUCUUCCCUGGUACCUGCUCUCCGGAGCCAGCGGGAAUCAGGCCCGUGCUAAAAGGAUCAAAGCACGCACAGUAAGCGGGACACCGGCAGGGCCGUACCGGUCCGUGAACAGCCAGCAGAGGUUGGCGUCCCAGCUGCACGAGGGUGUGGAUACUUUGGAUAAAAUGUUUGAAUAUGCUGUAGUACACUUUCCUGAAAGAGACUGCCUGGGCACAAGAGAGCUGCUGAGCGAGGAGGAUGAGAUGCAGCCUAACGGCAAGAUCUUUAAGAAGGUGAUUUUGGGUGAUUAUAACUGGUUGUCGUAUGAAGAAACGUUCCAUCUGUCUCAGAGGUUUGGUAGUGGGCUCGCCGCUCUGGAUCAGAAGCCUCUUUGCAACAUCGCCAUUUUCUGCGAGACUCGUGCUGAAUGGAUUAUAGCAGCUCAGGCAUGCUUCAUGUACAACUUCCCCUUGGUGACCCUGUUCUCCACAUUGGGAGGAGCAGCUAUAGCUCAUGGUUUAAAUGAGACUGAGGUCACGCACAUCAUCACAAGCAAAGAACUGCUGCAGAGCCGCCUCAAGGCCAUUCUGUUGGAAGUCCCCAGACUGAAGCACAUUAUAUUGGUUGAUAUAAAGACCACCAGUUGGCCUGAUCUCCCCAGAGGCAUCACGGUCCACAACAUGGGUGCAGUGCAAGAACUGGGGGGCAAAACUGAAAAUGUAAUGGUGUCCCGCAGGCAGCCUGUCCCGUCUGAUAUCGCAGUGAUCAUGUACACCAGCGGCUCUACAGGCAUUCCCAAAGGAGUCAUGAUCUCCCAUAGCAACAUCAUCGCUGGCGUCACUGGCAUGGCUGAACGCAUUCCUAACCUGAAUGAGAAUGACACCUAUAUUGGCUACCUGCCACUCGCUCAUGUCCUGGAGCUCAGCGCUGAACUAGUAUGCGUGUCACAUGGCUGUCGGAUUGGAUAUUCGUCACCUCAGACUCUUGCUGACCAGUCAUCUAAAAUUAAAAAGGGCAGUAAAGGAGACACCAGUAUGCUCAGACCAACCCUGAUGGCAGCUGUUCCUGAGAUUAUGGACCGGAUCUAUAAGAAUGUGAUGACUAAAGUUGAUGAGAUGAGCAGUGUGCAGAGAACUCUCUUUGUUCUGGCAUACAACUACAAGAUGGAGCAGAUCUCUGAAGGAUACAGCACGCCUCUCUGUGACAGGCUUGUGUUCAAGAAGGUUCGCUCGUUGCUGGGCGGUAAAAUGCGCGUGCUGUUGUCUGGCGGAGCUCCUUUAUCCGCAGUUACUCAGCGUUUCAUGAACAUCUGUUUCUGCUGUCCUGUGGGACAAGGAUAUGGCCUCACCGAGACCUGCGGAGCCGGCACCAUCAGCGAGCAUUCUGAUUACAGCACUGGACGUGUUGGAGCUCCUCUGGUGUGCUCCGAGAUCAUGCUGAAGGACUGGGAGGAAGGUGGUUAUUUCAGCACCGAUAAACCAAACCCACGAGGAGAGAUUGUGAUUGGCGGUCCCAACGUCACAAUGGGUUACUAUAAAAACGAGCAGAAAAACCGAGAGGACUUCUUUGUGGAUGCGAACGGCCAGCGUUGGUUCUGCACCGGAGACAUCGGAGAGUUUCACCCUGAUGGCUGCCUCAAGAUUAUCGAUCGCAAGAAGGACCUGGUGAAGUUGCAAGCUGGUGAAUACGUGUCUUUGGGCAAAGUGGAGGCUGUGCUCAAAAACUGCUCAUUCAUCGACAACAUCUGUGCUUAUGCCAACAGUGAAGAGUCGUAUGUGAUUGGGUUUGUGGUGCCCAAUCAGAAGCAUUUAACCACCCUUGCUGCGCAGAGGGGCAUCAGAGGAUCAUGGGAAGAGAUCUGCAACCAUCCAGAGAUGGAGAAAGAGGUUCUACGUAUCAUCACAGACGCGGCUAUAACAGGUAAGCUGGAGCGCUUUGAGAUCCCAAAGAAAAUCCGUCUGAGCCCCGAACCCUGGACGCCCGAGACGGGCCUGGUUACCGACGCCUUCAAACUCAAACGCAAGGAACUAAAAACGCACUAUCAGGACGAUAUCGAGAGGAUGUACGGUGGCAAGUGAAUGAAACCAGGGGUCAACCGGUGGUGUGAUGUGGGGGGGAAGGGGUUUAGGACACACCAUACCACAAUGCCUAUAUACGACAAAAAGCAACCCACAAUCCUCUGCCUUCCUGCUUCCUGUGAUGUUCUGCGAUCAAAACAGUGACACUUGAAUUCUGGUUAUGGUUUGAUGAGAGGGAACGAAGCGAAAGCAAACGUCACCUGCUGAAGCAGGUACUAAAUAGCGCACUUUUCUCAGAUGAUUCACGAGAGUGACUCCUGGAAAAGACACAAUACAAGCUACAGACUGUGAGACCCCAUCCACUUCUCUCUUCCUUUUCUCUCAUUGGCUGUCUUUGGUAGACACCCCACCCUCACAUUAUUCUGCGGUCACACUGAAUUGUCAUCUCGAGUCUAUGCAGGGAAGCGUUUUACAAUUUCUGUUGCUUAUUUCUUUGUUGGCUUACUUUUUUUUUUUUCAAGGACUAAUGUUUUGGUCUGAAACCGCUUUUGAGCCGUGUAAGAUUUGGAUGUGUAUGGAAUGUUUCUGUUGCAAUGUUACUUUUUUUUUUUUUUUUUCAAAAUUGAAUUUUGGAGUGUGUACUUGACAUUUUGUUACUUUGAACUUCGGCUUCUGUUGUUUACCUGUAUCCAAAGGCUAUUACGGUUGCCCUGUGUGAAAUUAUUAAUGUAGUUCAAGUGCUAGCACACGUGUACCUAGAAAGAGCUGCAGAAACUCCUAACAACCCUGACCAGGAGAGACCAGUAUUAAACCGGAUUAAGCUCAAAUUCAACACCAAAGCAGUUUAAAUGCUGCAAAGAGCUGUCAUGGAGAGCAGUCUUAAGCCAGAGAUGUGCUCUAAUACAGAAAGCUAUACUGUUUUUGUUUUUUUUUGUUGUUUUUUUGUCCGGGAAACUUAAUCCAAUUUCACUCCCAUACAUCAUCCAGAUUUCAUGUGUAUGCUUUGCAUCUGAAAAAUUCACUCCUUGUUACUGCUCUCCUAGUCAUGUCUACAGGGUUCACACAAAAUGUACGACUCUAUACUUGGAGCGUAUAAUACUUUGAACUCAUUGUUUUUUGUUUGUUUUUUUCUGAAUUUGUAAAGCCUUUAUUCCUUUUUAAAAUGUCAUGUACAGUAUGAUGUCAGCCAUUGUCGCAUGGAUGUUUUGCAAGGGAGCCAAGUGUUGAAAUGGAGUAGUUUGGGUACCCUUUUUGUUUUCUUAAAUGGCCAUUUUUUUAUUAUAUUGUGAUAUUGUCAUUGUAUGAAAUGAUUAGUGACUUCAACAAAGAGAUGUGUGAAUUUGAAUGUGCAAUAGAGUUACGUAUUCGGAGACGCAUCAAAUGAUACGCAGUCCGGCCCCAAGAGCAUGAAUGUCUCCAGCUUCCUAGAUGUAACGGAAGAGACGCGUUUAUUCGCAUUCGGGCUGUGCAGAUCUCAUGAAUUGACAACUGAUGCAUUAUGAUUGGCAUUUGAUUUUGCAUGAUUCAGGAGAUGUAAACCAAACAAGCUUCGAACAUCUCGGACACUGACAAAUGUGGCAUUUGCGAAUAUAGGUCAAAUGUUUCAAAAUCUGUACAUUUAAUCAUUAUUUAUGUGGAAAAUGUACUAUACUUGUUGAUUUUUUUUUUUUAAACACUUCACAUUUUCAAGACAGUCUAACCUUUUGUUUUUUUUUAUAUUUCUGGAUUUCUUUAGGCACAGCUUAGGUGAAUCUUUUGUUGUAGAAACACUCCAGCUUUACCAUCACAUCAUGAUGCUCUUUACUGAAAGUACUUUAUUAUUGUUAUUAUUUGUGUUUGUCCUAAAAGGAACUGAAAGCAAAUGGCGUUCCUAAGCUAGACAAGUCUGCCUUUCCUGAGCUCGAUGGAGGAUGUUGAUUGCCUUUUUUUUUACACAGUGGAAAUUAAAAGUGGUUUAUAGGAAUUUAUACUUUGGUUAAUUUAUUUUUCUCUUCGAAUUCAGGGAGUGACUCAUCCCCUCUUAGAGCUGCUAUUCUCACCUUGAUUGUGCUUCAUUUACAACCUGCAUUAUCAUCGGUUCCAGCCACAAGCAGCUGGCCAAUCGGCUGUUAGUCCAGAGAGAGAUCCUCCUUAUUUCUGAGGGGAACUGUAAUCUGAUUAGUGCAUUCACCCGUCAGUCAUGUCUUUGGCAACAACUAACCCAAAUGAAUCGCACAGUUCAGCCAUCAACAUGUCUCUUUAACUGCAUUCUAGUUUACUUCAUUGAAGUCCUUGAUUCAGAAUGACGUUUAAUGUCUGCACGCAGAUCUAUUGAGCAUUUCAGACACACAAAGAGGAUGUUUGGUGGAUACAUUUCUCUCUCCUGUUGCCCGCUCCCUAAAUAUAACUUUUAGGUCAAUUGCAUUUAGCAAAUGUAAUAACUCCUUUAAAUAUGUUUAGUCUUUGUUACUGACCGGGUUUGGGGUCUUUUCUCCUCUGUGUGGGUGGUUAGUGUCUUACGACAAGCAGGUCAUAGCAAACAACUCCAUUAUUUAUUUGUGAUUUGGCCUUGAAACUAUGUUAUACGGAAUAAAGUUUUGUGAAUUAUGA